CAUACAUACAUAUCGAAAAUAUGAAAAUUUGGCAUAGCAUGAGCACAUAACCAACAGAGUCCUAUUCCUCUGUCAGUGCGUCUUCUUCCAACUUAUCCACCUCCUUUGUUGGCCCUUGCCAUUCCCUAGUUGUUCAUUGAAAUUAAAUCCAUAAGGACCCUACCCUAACCCAUUUGUCAAAAAAGUCACUCUCUACAAGAGCGCCUUUCUAUUUAAAGCUUCAAACUACUCCUAGUCCUUUAACUUCUCUCCUAUUCUCUCUUUCUGUCUCUGAGUUGGGUUGGUACUUUGGUACUUUGUUACUUUGGGGACAUGGAGAGCCAGAGCCAGUACAUUGGGAGCAAUAGUGGGAUGGAUGGGGUGGAUCAGAAGGAAGGGAAGGUAGCAAACCAGAGAAAAACAGGGACUUGUGAGUCAAUUCUGAGGAUUUUGGCCUUCAUGCUAACUGCAACUGCAGCUGUAGUUCUUGGGGUGAGUAAACAAACCGAAAUUGUGUCAGUGCAGAUCCUCCCAACCUUGUCUCCUAUUGAUCUUCCAGCCACUGCUAAGUGGCAUUACUUAUCUGCUUUUGUGUACUUUGUGGUAGCAAAUGCCAUAGCAUGUGCAUAUGCGGCAUUUUCCCUAGUCCUUUCGUUUGCAAAUCGGGGCACCAAGAGCAGCUUAGGGCUGGUGAUCAUCCUCCUUGAUCUGUUAAUGGUGGCAUUGCUCUUCUCCUGCAAUGGAGCCGCCACGGCAAUUGGUCUGAUGGGGUACCAAGGGAAUUCACAUGUGCAAUGGAACAAGGUCUGCAACGUGUUCGGGCGAUUUUGUAACCAUGCGGCAGCUGCAAUAGUCCUGUCCAUGCUUGGAUCUCUUGCAUUUAUGUACCUAGUUGUGCUUGCUGCCUUAGGCCUCCACAGGAGGUCUAAGUAGAAUAAUGGCAUGCACUGCACCAUAUAAUUUGCAAUACCUAUAACAGAGGUAGAGCCCAAUUUUUAUUCUCUAUGUCAAGUACUAGCUAGUUUGGUGUGUGCAUAAUAAAGAAAUUUGAUUUCUUUCACCAAUAUUAUAUUGCUUCUGAAAUA